AACAUCUCAUCUAGCCCACAACAAACUUUGCCUCGGACAAAAUGUAUUUGUGAGUAGCCCGCUCUAACUUCAGCCUCGGAUGAAUCUGUAUUGAACUGACGCAAUAUGUGGCCUGAAAUACAAACCGCUAAGGAAGAAAAUCGCCGUGAAUUGAAACUGUCGGGAGCAGCUGUUCGAAAACGGUUUGAGGCAGAUGAUGGUUUGCUGGAUGAAGCCGUCUUUCAGUUGACGGCCCUCAAUUUGCUGGACAUUAACGAUACUCCUUUGGCGGAACUGUCUCCUAAAGUAGGAGAGCUAAAAAAUUUACAAUCGCUGCUUUUGUUUCGAAAUAAAAUCUGUACGAUUCCGGUAGAACUUGGUCAGCUAACGGCACUGAAAGUGCUGGAUUUGUCAGGGAAUCAGAUUGGAUCGAUGCCAGCUGAACUAAACUUGCUGAAACAGCUUACUACACUUAAUUUAUCGGGAAACAAGUUGAAACAUGUGGAUCUGAGUCAGUUGGACAAUCUCAGCAUUUGUAAUCUGGCCGCAAAUGAACUGGAGGAAUUUCCGAUUUUUCCAUGCGGAAAGGACGUACACCAUCUAUCUGAGGUGAUUUUGGAGAAAAACAAGAUCAGAGAAAUCCCGUCCAAUUUUUCAAAUCAAGCUGGCAUUAAAGUGCUGAAUGUAGCAGACAACAAAAUCGAGUUGGUUCCUAAAUUUUUGACCAAAUGUACCAAAUUAAAAGAAAUCAACCUCAAAGAUAACCCAUUGAAGGACAAGCGUCUCAAAAAGCUCGUUGAGCAGUGUCGCAGCAAGCAAGUUUUGGACUACGUUGAAAAACAUGGGCACGUGUCAUCGGAAAGCGACAGCGUUGGUAACGAAUCUUGCCAUUCACCCGACGAACCUGAAGAACCAAUCGUCAUUGAUGUUCGUCAGAAGAUAACUGUAUUUAAGCCAUCGGCUGAAUCUCGCAAGGUGAGCAUCAGUGCGGAAGCCAAAUCUUUGCGGCCGUAUGUGCUCCACUGUAUCGUUCGUGACUAUGCUAUCACAAACAUGAAGCGAUUUCUUCAGGCACAAAACGAUCUUCAUGACAACGAGUGCGGCAAAAGGGAGUUAGCCACAAUCGCGACCCAUGACCUAACCAGAAUCAAAGGUGAUGUUAGCUACCAAGCGGAUUUAUCAGAAACUAUUGAAAUAACGCCCUUGGGCGCGAAAGCCAAAGUUACUGCAGCUAAAUAUUACGAAGAUUUACGCCAACAAGCCGAAGCCAUACGGAAGGAGAAGAAACGAAGCACCUACUCGGGUAUAUAUAAAUUUAUUAAUUUGCUGGAAGGCAAAGUGUUCGUGUUCUUUAAGGAUGCAGAGAAGGUAGUCAGCCUACCUCCGCUGACCAAUUGCGACGAAACGAAGGUAUCCACCGAAACCAAACAUCUGCUGCUGGAGGUAACCAGCUCUGUCAGUCUGGAGUGCUGUCAGCGGGUAAUGUUGGCUCUGGUUAAGAAGAUGCUACUGCUAGAUGUUCAGGUCAGUCGGUCCCAUGCCGAAGGAAAGAAAAAAUCGAAGGGAAAGGGUGUUACAGUCGUGAACUACGAUAAGCCAAUGGAACUCACUCUCGAGCAAGUUCGUCUACACGACACAGAGGGAAACUUUCUCUCGAUAUAUCCCGGUAAAACGGAUCUUGUGUUCCCGGAAGAAGAGAAAAUCGAUGUGGAGUUCAAAUAAGUUAUGCGAACGUUUUAAAUGUAUUAUUUUUAUCCGGUCGGUUGUUAUUCGGAAAUAUUAUUACUAGACUACGAAGCACAGUGAUACAGGAAA